CUGGUAGAUUUUGAAGAUCAUGUCUAAAUUCAAAAUCGGCGAAAGUGGGUGAAUUUAUACCAAAUUAACCCUUCCCUUAAAUUAUCGAUGAAUUCGGACCAACUCAUGAGUUUGAGGCAAAAUUAACACCUUGAGGGCAGUGAUGUGGAAGAUAGAGAAAUUAAUUAAACAUUAAAAAUGAUUGAAUGGUUGCGUGGUUGGAUGGUUGGUGAUAAAGAUGGUACGAGGCCAGUCUACCUUGCGCAUCCCCGUCCUUACAGUUGCAGUUAAAGCAGCGACUUCGAGCAACACCACAAUUGAAAUCGGACGGCUCGAUAAUUACAAAAGGAGCAAAAAAACAAGAAAAAUUGAAAACCUUAAUUUUCGAGUAUCCCAAAAAAUGAAUUUCUCAAGGACAUUUUCCUGUUACAGUUGAGUGGUGGAGACAGAGAGGAUGAAGAACUGCUUCAGCUUCUCGAGCGACGAGGAGCAAAACGGGUGCCCAAAAGAGUCAUUCUACUGGUGGAGAACGCCGCAAGAAUUCGACGAAGAUGGGCAUUUCAAAACGGAUAUUUCGAGUCCAAGAAAUAGAAUGAAGCUUCUUAGAGAAAUGGAGAGAUUGGGUUUGAUGGGUAGUUGUGGGCUGAAUGAUUUGAGGCACAAGAUUCUGAGAUACAGAGCUGGAGAUUUCUGCCUCCCAAUUGGUGGGAUUGAGAGAGAGGAUAUGGAAAUCCCACCUCUAAUCACAAUCUUGCUCACUGGUUUGACUGCCUCUGGCAAAAGCUCCUUCAUCAAUUUGAUGUAUGCUGUUCUUGGCAGGUUUGGCCUCAUCCCUUUUGCUCAGACAUCAGGUGAGUCUUCCAAUUUGAGCACUAUGUACCUGGAAGAACACAACGUGUUGAGGUCAGGUAGGAGUGGGUUCUGUGUGUUCGACUCGAGGGGUUUAGAGCCAAGUCGCAUGGAGGAAGGACUCGAGGAGGUGUCAAUGUGGAUGACUGACGGCGUUAGACAUCACCAGCCCUCUUUAACUCAACCCAAUGAAUCAAUGGAGUUCACUAAUUCAAGAUACAUCAACAGAAAGGUCAAUUUUGUUAUGGUUGUAGCUGAUUUGUCAGAGAUUCAUAGGGCAUUCAAAUCUGGUGAUCUGGAGCCAGUUGUGGCCUUGAGGGCCCUCUUUCAUUUCCCAGCUAUCAAGAAUUCAAAUGAGAAUCCGAUGUUGAUCCUAACUCAUGGAGACACUCUAAGCUGCGAAGAUAGGAUAAAGGGGAGGCUGCAAAUAUGCGACUACUUAGGCAUCCCAGAGACGAAUGGUGUGUACGACAUACCAUGUCUGGCCGAGCAAUGGGUGCUUGCACAAGAUUCCGACCCCAUUUCUGCGUACUCUCUCACUGAGGCUGUAUACAAGGCUUUGCUUCAAUCGGAUAGAGCUCAUCCUCCUAAAUGGAGCUUCAAAGAAUGGUUCACCUUCAUCUUCUCAUCGACUAUGUGCUGUCUUGCUUCACUCUUUUCAUUUCUUGCACAAUUAUUUGGAAGAUUUGGCCAAUCUGAUGGAAGGCUUAGGAUGUGAAGGUUGAGUUUGAUUGCUGCAUGCCUCUUACCUAUCUAACAUUUAACAUUAGUUGUAAUGUAUGUUAGAAUCAAUGGCUAGGUCAUUUAGGUAGAUUGUUUGUUUGUUUAAUUGUGAGACAAUAUGCCCUAAUGUAUUUGUGUAACUUCAACAUCUUAGCAUUCAAGAUUGCAUCAUUUCUUUGAUAA